UUACCAAUAGACAACCUUUAAGCCACUUCUCAUACACGAGAGAACACACACAAAACCCUAAAACACUCAUCAACACCUUAAACUUAUUAGCGUCUAAUGGCACUCGUUAAUAACCAUCCCAACGAGCCAAAAUACGUGUCAAAACAAAACUCCUCAUCCCAAGAUCUCUCAUCACCGGAGAACGACGGAUUGGAUCAGCCUGACGCAGCUUAUGCCGGAGGACAUUCCGCUUCGAGCAGUAGCACGAUGAAUUCUGAUCAUCAGCAAAAUCAUCAAGGGUUAGUAUUUUACCCUUCUGGCGAAUCCGUUGAGGAUCACAACUCUUUGUUAGAUUUCAACAGAUCCUCAUUUCUUAACUUCGACCACAACGAUGAUCGUCAUGAGAGCUUUCCUCCUCCAACCAUAAGUUGCGGUGGUGUUAGCGGUGGCUUCUCUUUUUUGGAAGGCAACAACUUGAGCUACAGCUUCACAAACUGGAAUCAACAUCAUAUGGAUAUUAUUGGCCCUAGACACAUCGAAACUCCGGGGACAAACCAAGUCCAUAAAGACUGGUUAUAUUCUGAUUCAACUGUUGUAACCACUGGUUCUAGACAUAAGUCUGUCUCGCCUAAAUCCACUGGAAAUAAACGUUCUUAUACGGGGGAGAUCAGUCAACCACCCUCAAAGAAACCCACUAGCGGCGCAAAAGGGAAAGCUAAGCCUAAGCCAACAACUUCACCGAAAGAUCCACAAAGCCUAGCAGCUAAGAAUCGAAGAGAAAGAAUAAGUGAACGUCUCAAGAUAUUGCAAGAACUUGUUCCCAAUGGCACCAAGGUUGAUUUGGUAACGAUGUUAGAGAAGGCCAUUAGUUAUGUAAAGUUUCUUCAAGUGCAAGUUAAGGUACUUGCGGCCGAUGAGUUUUGGCCGGCACAAGGAGGGAAAGCUCCUGAUAUUUCUCAAGUUAAAGACGCCAUUGAUGCCAUCCUCUCUUCAUCACAACGAGGCAGGAAUUCGGAUCCCGUCACCAAUCAAUGAAGAGUCUGAAUGUAAUUUAAUUAAUUACUCAACAGUAAUUAAGUUGUAGUAAUAUCGGGAAGAACAAUGAUUCUCUCGAUAACUUCCACAUAAAGUUUAAAAUACGAUCCAAAGAUUAAAUAACGUUAAAUAUGUGAAAAAUCGAGAAGUUCUUAAUGCAUCUAUAUUGAAGACGAGACAAGAGACAUUCAAAGCACCGAUGAUCAGUUCGAUGUUGGGUCCACACGAGGAUGGAAUCUUUAUAUAGUAGAUAUAAGUAGUAAAACCUAAUAAUAUA